AUGAGUAUUGAGAAUGUGGGUUGUGAGCCCACCUUCGUAACCAGUGUUCGCAGGGAGGUCCUAGACAUUACCCUGAGCAACGWMAACAUGAUCGGGCUGAUCUCACAGUGGCGGGUGUCAAAGGAGCCCUCACUGUCAGAUCACAAGAUCAUUCGGUUGGCUCUGAGGKUAAAAGUYRCGGACAAACCUCCGACACGUACCCCUMGAAAUACGAACUGGGGUAUUUUCAGAGAGACCUUGAGUCACAAUAUAAGUAGAGAGGGGCUGGCGGAUGAUAGGUCCACCACAGUUGGACUGGAAAGCAGACUGAGUGCCAUAAACCAGUCCAUUAUGGACGCCUAUUACUGCGCCUGUCCACUAAAAGCGACCACCAGCAAACAAAUCUGCCCCUGGUGGUCCAGUAAACUCUCAGCUCUUAGAUUUAAGGUGCGUGGGCUGUUUAACAAAGCCAAGCGCACAGGCAGCUGGGAGGAUUACAAACAGCACCUAACAUUCUAUAACAAGGAGAUUAGGCUUGCCAAGAAAAACAGUUUCAGGAAAUUCUGUGAUAGCGUCUCCUCAACCCCGGAGGCAGCUCGGYUGCAUAAGGCGUUGUCGAAGGGCAAGACGGACAUAGUAUUAUCCUUAAAACGACGGGACCUAUACGACAAGUGCGGAGGAGAGGGCGGAAACACUCCUACAAACGCACUUCCCGGGGACGGUUCAAGCUGA